AUGAAUUCCUCUCUGCGCUACUCGCUGCUGCUUCUGAUUCUGUGUGUGCUGGGGUCACAGGCCUUCAUAAGGAAAACUGUUCGAACUGUCAAGACGGUGGCUCUGAUCGGCCCACCCCCGCCUGAGUGCAGAGGCUACAUCAAGAAAUUCCUAGAGUGGCACACCAUAAUAUCCGGCAACAAGACCCACUCCUGGAUUCUUCAGCUGAACUCUACAGAGUCUUGUCAGAAAUGCUACGCCCCCGGUGAUGAACUCUUCAAGGAAAUGAAGGCCUGCAUGGACUGCCAUAGUGCCUUUUUACCCCACCUGCAGCACAGGCCAAGCUGUGGCAAAUGUUUCACUAGCGGUGACACCAAGUUCUGUUACCUGUGCUUCCUGGAGACGAGACGUUUGGUGCAGACUACGAUUUGCUAUAUAGAGGGAGAAGCACAGAUGAAGGCUGAUAAGCUGACGCUCUACCUCAAAGGGCUUCUUUAA